AUGACUGCAACGGCGAAUUGGGUGGCUAACGGGGCAAGCCUUGAGGACUGCCACUCCAACAUCUUCUCUCUGGCGGAGCUGAAUGGCAUUAAAUGGCGUUGCUACAGCUUCCGCGGCAGCGGAGAGUACGGCCCGGUGAUCUCAGCCCCGGCUCAAGAUGACCCGGUCCUGCGCAGCUUCAUGCGCUGCGUGCAGGCCAACCUGCUGUGCGUAUGGCGACGCAAAAUCAAACCCGAUGCCAAGGAGUUGUGGAUCUUCUGGUGGGGCGAGGAGCCCAAUCUCUCCGACGUCAUUCAUCGUGAGCUGGAAGUGGCUGAGGAAGGGUUUUGGGAGUGUGGACUGUCUUACGAGUGCAGGACCCUCCUGUUCAAGGCCAUUCACAACCUGCUGGAAAGGUGUUUGAUGGAUAAGGGCUUCAUAAGAGUCGGGAAGUGGUUCUUCAAGCCACAUGAACUGGAAGGAAAGUCUUUGGGCAACAGUGAACAUUUAUCGUGUUCCUUCUCCUUCUUCCUCCACGGGGAGAGCAACGUAUGCACAAGUGUAGAGAUCGCCCAGCUCCAGCCUGCUUACCACAUCACAGAGCACCACAUCCGGCUCGCGCAGACCUCCACCACACCGGUGCAGGUGGUCCUGAGUCCGUACGGUCUGAGUGGCACCCUGACGGGUCAGGCCUACAAGAUGAGUGACCCUGCAGCUCGAAAGCUGAUGGAGGACUGGAGCUACUUCUAUCCCAUGGUGCUUCCGCAGAAGGAGGGAAGUGGUGAGAAGAACCAGAAAGAAGAGGGUCGGGCAUUCGAUUGCAGCUCUCAUGUGGCGGUGGACGUCAUCGUAGGUGGAGUAAGGAUGACCUACCCAGCUGCUUUUGUGCUGAUUGCCCAGGGGGACCUACCAGUGGAGCAGCCCCCACCUGUUCCUGCAGCUCCGGGCCCCAACAAGGAGCUGAACAACUGCAGUGUGCCGCUGACUCCUCCAACGUCACCAGAACAAAGCUACACCUUAGAUACAGACAGUGGUUUUGUUACAUCGGCCUCCAACGCCCCAACGCCUGACAGCAGCAUGGGGAUACCCAGCAUCAGCCCUAAGCAUUCUGGGAGAAAGCUGACCUCCCAGGUGGUUCAUCAGGCUUGGAAGGAGUGCUAUCUCAACCAAUCUCAGCACAUACCAAAUGAGCAAACUGAUGGGACGUUGACAAAGGAAAUGCCAAAUGGAGUCACCAUGUGGAACUUUAAUGAUCUGGGGACUAGAGCAUCCUGCAGCUGCUCCAGGUUAAAACAGCAGAGGCUCAAUAUAUCCACAAUGUCCACUGCCAACCCUCAUGCUAGUGCCAGCUCUGCACUUUCUUCUGGUUCCUCGGUAUACCCUACCUCCUCCCUGCCCAAACACAAGACAAGUGACAAGACAGAAAAGGCUGACAAACAGUCCAAGAGGCCGGCUGUGAUUCCAUUUCACCAUCGCUUAUCAGCCACACAAGAGACCCCCUUGGAGCAGGACCCUCCUAGUGGGCCCCAGCUCAGCAGCCUUGUUGCAUUUGAGCAACCGGUGGAGCCUCUGGCGUCUCUUCCAAGCUGCAAGUACUCCAAACCCCUCGCUAACAGCAGAAAAAACCCAGAGUCCCUUCUUCAUUCACCCAUGUCACCACUUCCACCCACUCUCAGCCCACACCCUCGGAUGCAGGACCCAGAGGUUCUAGAUGUUGCUUUGGAUAUGCCUAUGUGUCCAGACGGAGCUUCAGGACUGGGGGUGAUUACCAGUGAGACUGCUGUGUAUGCAACACAGCUGAGGCAGAGGGAGAAUGGGCUUGGUUGGUGGAGAGGUUUCAGGACUCCCAAGACUAAUAAGACUGAUUUCAGAUCCCCUGAACUCCCCACUGACAAACUGGAGGAGAUAAAGGCAGAGACAUCCACUGAUGGAGCUUUGUUCAAGAGACUUUACACUCAGACCCACAUGAGAUUUAAAAUCUCAGAAGAGAGAGUGAAAGAACACAUCCACACUUUAGGAUUGUUCGAGCAACCAGAGGUAGAGGCACUACGAGAAAAUGGAGAUGAUCCGUACGACUUCAAGGAAGGAGAAAUUGAGUACCCUUUUCCAUCUUCCAAGAGGUUAAAGAGUUCUGGGCGAGAACCCAUCAAGAAAGCCAAGGGAGAAGAAAUCACAAGCAAUGGUUCCCUGCCAGAUGGAAAAGAUGCAAUGUCCAUUUUUAACUCCGCUCCCAAAUCAGAUGACUCAGGUCAGGAUGAGGCCGCUUCCAAAACUAAUCCUUCUCUGACCAGAGAGAAAGAUCUGGUCGUCAACAUUUCUGAUCUAGACAACAUAUUUGAUGAAGACGAGGAAGAAUUGGGGACUAUUUACCCAAAUCAACAGUCGACCAAACUACUGGUGUCAACGGAGGAUCGUCCUGUGGGGAAAGAAGGAAGAGUUACUGUACCUUAUCCAACCACAGUAGCAGAUCUCCAGAUGAUGUUCCCUACCCCUCCUUCUCUGGAGCAGCAUCCGGCUUUCUCUCCCAUCACGCCUUAUCGUGACACCCCAAGUCAAGAGCCCCCUGCACCCAGCGGAGGGUCGGACCACCUGCCAUCACUGGCCUCCACCCAUUUCACUGAGAACAGGAUGGAGAUGGAGGAGGGUGCGGUUAGUCCCAGGCAGGAUGACUUCAAGAUGGGCUCCUCCAUGUUUGCUCCACUGUCCUGUCUUCCUAGCCAAAAUUUACCACCACUCAAAAUUCCAGACCAGUGUCACUAUCGUCCAUCCUGGGCCCUCCUGCCCAAAAUGGAGCAUUUCACGACAAUCCUGCAUCCACAGAAUGCUGCUUUCACCAAGGAUGGAUAUGCAAACGUUCCUAGCGUCAAUACUCUCACCGACCAGGACUAUGGCCAGAUGAGUGUGACCACUGCCUCUUUGAGCACCACUACAGGCAUUCUGCCAUCGCCUGCCACACCACGUUUUUCUGUGCCCACACCACGAACUCCUCGCACACCCAGGGGGAUUAAUACCGCAAGUUCAGGGCAGGGUUCAGUUAAGCAGGAUGGUACUGAGCUUAGCUCACCGGUCUCUACUCCUUCCACCUGCCUGCCUCUGAGCUCUGUGGAGCCUCUAGCUCGGCCCGGACCCUCUCUGCCUGAGGCCCACAGCCUUUACCUAGUUCUUCUGCUCUCAGACUCUGUCCUCAGUGUGUUUAAGGAUCGCAACUUUGACAGCUGCUGCAUCUGUGCAUGCAACAUGAAUGUCAAAGGAGCAGAUGUAGGGGUGUACAUCCCAGAUUUCACUUGUGAAGAUCAGUAUCGCUGUAUGUGCGGCUUCAGCGCCAUUGUGAACCGGCAGCUGGCUCAUGGCACAGGACUUUUUCUGGAGGAUGAGCUGGAUAUAUUUGGUCGAACUUCUGAAGUAGGCCAAGCAGCUGAGAGGAGGCUUGCCCUGUGCCGCCGGGACCUAACCAUGGGAGACUCCAGGGCCAAGCAGUUGCAGGACAUGGGCUCAGCUUCUUUGUCAGUCAUGAUUGUCUUGAAGGAACAGUGUUCUCAGCCUAUUUCCUCCUUGGCUUCACUUCAUUUUCCCCUAAAUUCUUCCUGUCAUGGCCGCAAGGGGGCACUCCUUCAAAGCUGGAUGUCUGAAAAGCAGUGGGCAGAUGAGAGUGAUGCAUGUGUGGACUGUUACAAUGCUUUGGAGCAGGGGUUACAGUAUGUGGAUAACCCCACAGGAGGGAAAGUUGAUCUUACUGUUGUAAGAAGUAGUGCUCUUCAUUCAUGGCCUCACACCAACGUGGUGCACAUGAGCAGGUUAUCAUCACAGGAUAUGGUUCGGAUGCUGCUAUCGUUGCAGCCUUUCCUGCAAGAUGCCAUCCAGAAAAAAAGAACAGGAAGGACCUGGGAUAACAUCCAGCAUGUUCAGGGUCCACUCACCUGGCAGCAAUUUCACAAAAUGGCUGGACGAGGUUCUUAUGGUUCGGAGGAGUCACCAGAACCACUGCCCAUUCCAACAGUAUUACUAGGCUAUGAUCGAGAGCGGGACUUCUUGGCAUUGUCCCCUUUGGCAUUGCCUUUCUGGGAGAAAUUACUGCUUGAACCCUAUGGAGGACAGAGGGAUGUAGCCUAUGUAGUGGUGUGCCCUAAUAGCCCCUCCCUGCUUGUGGCGGCCCAGGCCUUUUUCCAGGAGCUCAGCUCUGUCUAUGAGACAUGCCGUCUUGGGAAGCACCGUCCACUGUCUAAGGUGUCCAAGGAUGGUUUUGUACAUGUUGGGGAGGAUGUGGAACCAGAAAAAUUGGAGGAGCUGGACAUGGAUCAGUGGAUGAUGGGACCAUGGACUGGACAGCAGCACUCUGAUAACAUCAUCAAACUUAAACUCUAUGCUUAUGCCUUCAAGCAGCUGCUAGGCCCUCUCCUCUCAACUCUGGUUGUGGACAGCAGUAUUUUGCUGCCUCCCACGGCCCAGCCUCCUUUGAACAGCACAUCCUCUUCUGGGCAUCCUCAAGCUCAAGCUUGGACUGCUGAUGGAGAACAAACUUCAGGUACAACAACUGCUUCAACCCCAAGUGGAGCCACCUCUGGUCAGACUGGGGAGGCAACACAAGGGGGAUCCACAGAUUCAAAAGGGCCUCUGAGUUCCACACCACCAGCCAGCACACCAGCAGAAAAUACUGAACCCUCCUUGGAGCAGUCAAGAAUUGGCAUCCCUACUGUGGCUGACUCAGUGGACAGUCUUGCAAACCCACCAGCAAUAGUUAUUUACAUUGUGGAUGGUUUUAUCACUUCAUGUACUAAGAGAAAUGAAGGGGGAGAAGAAGUGGAGGGCGAAGAGGUGGAGUCAGGUAGCAUUUGGCUGCUUGGGCUUCUUCGCUGCUACACAGAGAUGCUACAAAUUUUACCUGAGACAAUGAGGGCUGCACUGGUCCUACAGGUGGUGCCGUGCCAGUAUCUUCUCCAACCAGCCAGUGGAGAAAACCAUUUGUAUCUGCAACACCUGCGCUCCCUGGCCUUCUCUUGUUACUCCCAGUGCAGACGGGUGCUUCCCCAGCAAACGCACAUCAAGUCCCUCACUGGCUUUGGCCCAGUAUCCACUGUCAUUUCUGUACUUAAGAAUCCAGAGUAUCCCAGCCCCGUACAGCUGUAUUGUCCACCAUUUAUCCUUGGUCCGACUCGUUCCAAGCAGCCAGAGCCAGGAGAGAUCUGGCCUGAACACCCUCCCAAAUACAAUGUACUUUUUGUGGGAUACUGCCUGUCACAUGACCAGCGCUGGAUCCUGGUGUCCUGCACUGACCAGCAUGGGGAGCUCCUGGAGACCUGCAUCAUCAACAUUGAUGUGCCCAACAGAGCCAGGCGUCCCAAGGUAUCAGCUAGGAAGAUGGGAUUGCAGAAACUGUGGGAGUGGUGCAUCGGCAUCAUUCAAAUGACUUCACUACCUUGGAGGAUUGUCAUUGGGCGAUUAGGCAGGUUGGGUCACGGGGAGCUGAAAGACUGGACCUCUCUCCUUGGUGAACACUCCCUCCAUUCAAUAGGACGCCAGCUGAGGGAAGCGUGCCGUAUGUGUGGGAUCUCAGCUGCUGACUCUCCCACCAUCCUCAGUGCCUGUCUGGUAGCCAUGGAGCCACAGGGCUCCUUUGUGGUCAUGCCUGCCAGCCUCCCAGCUCUUCUGGGAGAAUUCCAAGGUAUUCCCAGGCCAUCUCAGAGACAUAGUCUCCUCAGGGUGUCCUGGGUCUUCCCCCGGGUCUCCUCUCAAAUAGACAUGCCCAAAGCACCUCCCUAUGGAGGCACCCACUGUCUGAUGGUUUGCCAGAAUUUCCUUGGAGCUGACCAAGAGUUUUUAUCCAAGGCCUUACCAAACUCCUCCCACAUCCGAACUUUAGCGUCUGCAACAGCCAAGGUUGCGGCCCGCUUGGCAGCCUGGUACUCCUCAGCUGCCUCCUUAGUCCCACCAGCCAACAAGGCCCAAAAGGACCCCGUCUUCAUCUUGACAGCCUCCCUAACCCAUGGUGUCCACCACCAAGUGUAA